AUAUAUUUGACGAUCGAGUUGAGUGCAAUAAAAGUGAAUUCAACGCUACAGAUGAUAAUUAUACGGCUAGUAUAAAAUGUGAUCAAUACUUAUCGACUAAACCGAUUGGUGCUACAAUUUUCAUUAAUACAGUAAUAUGCGCGGAUAUAAUGACCUUACUCAACAAAAUUGGUGCAACUAGGCAAACAAUUCAACAAUCUGUUGAAUUUGAUGCAACGCUUACAAGUUUUGCUAUCGCUGGAUUUGAACAUUGGUAUGACCGAGUAGAAUUUACACUUUUUCAACUUACUGCUAACAUGGGAGGUUUCUUAAGCGUACUUAGUGUUAUUUAUCUUGUUCAAUUUGGAUCACGAAGAAUUAAUUCUUGA